AUGGUCGACGGGCUUUCCAAAGAAUUGGGCCUCAACCACCCAGCACAACAACAUGGUGCCGGCGCGAACCAGAACUCCCAAGCAAAAGCUCAUCAAUAUGAUGAAAAGGAGUCCGACACGAUACGAGGCAGAGAAGCGUUUGCCGGUGAAAAGCACUAUGAAAGACCUCGGAUAUCAGCCGACUCUUAUGGGCUUCAACGCACGAGCUCGGGUGUCAAUGUCGAACAGGCGGAGAAAGAUUUUGCAGAAUUGAGCAGAGAACUAAGUGCAAUCAGCCGUCGAAUUUCGCGGACACACUCGAAAGCCUCGAAUGUCAGGGCGAAGGAUGUGGAGAAGGCAAUCAGUUCAUCCGAUGAGAAUUCCGAAGAUACCUUCGACUUGGAAACCACUCUACGCGGCGCGAGGGAGGCAGAUACUGCUGCAGGCAUCAAACCGAAGUAUAUCGGCGUGAUUUGGGACAAUCUCACUGUCCGCGGCAUCGGUGGCAUCAAGAACUUUGUGAAAGUCUUCCCCGAUGCCUUCAUCGACUUCUUCAACGUGCCAGGAACUAUUAUGAGCAUUCUCGGGAUAGGCAAAAAGGGCAGAGAAUUCAGCAUCUUGCAAGGCUUCCGUGGUGUUGCGAAACCGGGUGAGAUGGUGCUUGUCCUGGGUCGACCUGGAAGUGGUUGUACGACGUUUCUCAAAGUGCUUGCCAAUCAACGGUAUGGAUAUACAGGCAUAGACGGAGAGGUUCUCUACGGCCCCUUUGACGCAGCGACGUUUGAGAAGCUCUACCGGGGCGAGGCAGUCUACAACCAAGAGGACGAUGUCCACCAUCCCACACUAACUGUUGGCCAAACCCUCGGGUUCGCACUCGACACCAAAACGCCUGGAAAACGUCCGCUGGGCCUCAGCAAAGCCGAGUUCAAGAAUAGGGUUAUCCGACUCCUCCUCAAAAUGUUCAACAUCGAGCACACUAUCAAUACCAUUGUGGGUAAUCCUUUUAUGCGCGGCGUCUCUGGUGGAGAAAGAAAGAGAGUCUCUAUUGCCGAGAUGAUGGUGACUCGAGCCACAGUCUGCUGUUGGGAUAAUAGCACGCGUGGUCUCGAUGCCUCCACAGCUCUUGACUAUGCAAAAUCACUUCGAAUCAUGACCAACAUCUACAAAACCACCACUUUCGUCUCGUUAUAUCAAGCGUCCGAGAACAUCUACAGCCAAUUUGACAAAGUUAUGGUGAUCGAUGAAGGCAGACAAGUCUUCUUCGGUCCUGCAAAGGAAGCAAGAGGAUAUUUUGAAGGAUUGGGUUUUUUGGAGAAACCACGUCAAACAACGCCUGACUAUCUCACAGGCUGUACCGACGAGUUCGAACGGGAAUAUAAACCGGGCAGAUCUCCCGAGAACGCGCCUUCGACGCCUGACUCCUUCGUGGAAGCCUUCAACAAGUCCACCUAUGCUGAAAAGCUCGAGAAAGAGAUGGGGGACUAUCGAGAAUCCAUCAAGCAAGAAAAACAGAUUUAUGAUGAUUUCGUGGCGGCACAUCGAGAAGCCAAACGGAAGCACACACCCAAAAACUCGGUCUACUCGGUUCCAUUCCACCUGCAGAUCUGGGCCUUGGUGCAACGACAGUUUCUGAUCAAAUGGCAAGAUAAAUUCUCUCUAGCAGUCUCUUGGAUCACGUCCAUUACCAUUGCGAUUGUAGUCGGUACCGUCUGGUUGAACCAACCCAAAACUUCUGCGGGAGCGUUCACUCGCGGCGGCGUUCUCUUCAUCGCCUUGCUCUUCAACGCAUUCCAGGCAUUUUCAGAACUUGCAUCCACUAUGAUCGGGCGACCUAUUGUGAACAAGCAUCGAGCGUAUACUUUCCACCGACCUAGCGCUCUAUGGCUUGCACAGAUCCUGGUCGACCUGGCAUUUGCGUCCGUCCAGAUUUUUGUCUUUAGUGUCAUUGUGUACUUCAUGACAGGGUUGGUCCGGAGUCCCGGGGCGUUCUUUACGUUCGUGCUCAUCAUCAUCACGGGCUACCUUUCGAUGACAUUGUUUUUCCGAACAAUUGGUUGCCUAUGCCCGGACUUCGACUACGCUAUCAAGUUCGCUGCUGUCAUUAUUACCUUGUACGUGAUCACUUCUGGGUAUAUCAUUCAGUAUCAGAGCCAGCAAGUGUGGCUACGGUGGAUAUUUUACAUCAAUGCACUUGGUCUAGGUUUCGCAGCGAUGAUGAUGAAUGAGUUCAUGAGACUGACGAUGCGCUGUACCGACGAGUCGCUGAUACCAUCUGGUCCUGGGUACAACAACAUUGAUCACCAAGUCUGCACUCUGCCGGGCUCUCAAGCAGGAUCGGUCGAAGUAUUGGGGACUGCAUAUGUUAAGAAGGGCUUUUCCUACGACCCAGCGGACCUCUGGCGAAAUUUUGGCAUCAUCGUUGUAUUGAUCGCAUUCUUCCUGUUCACCAACGUCCUGCUAGGAGAAACCAUCAAAUAUGGAGCGGGCGGUCGCACGGUCACUUACUUCACCAAGGAAAACAAAGAAAGAAAAGCAUUGAAUGAGAAACUCCAGGAACGCAAACGAAGAAGACAAACGAAACAAGACGCCGGAGACAGCUCAGAGCUCAACAUCACUUCCAAAGCUAUCUUGACCUGGGAGAAUCUUACUUACGAUGUGCCCACUCCCUCGGGGCAGCUGCGGCUACUGAAAGAUGUCUUUGGAUACGUCCGUCCAGGACAACUGACCGCUUUGAUGGGCGCCAGCGGGGCCGGGAAGACGACGUUACUUGAUGUCCUCGCGUCUCGGAAGAAUAUCGGUGUUAUUGGCGGAGAUAUCUUGGUUGAUGGUCAAAAGCCUGGCAUUGGGUUCCAGAGAGGUACCUCAUAUGCAGAACAACUUGACGUCCACGAAUCGACUCAGACAGUCCGAGAAGCACUCCGGUUCAGCGCCGAUCUUCGCCAACCGUACGAAGUGCCUAGAGAGCAAAAGUACGCCUACGUUGAAGAAGUUCUCUGCUUACUCGAACUCGAAAAUCUUGCAGAUGCCAUCAUUGGCAGCCCUGAAAGUGGACUUUCAGUUGAAGAGCGCAAAAGAGUGACUAUCGGCGUGGAACUUGCCGCAAAGCCUCAACUGUUACUUUUCCUUGACGAACCCACCUCAGGUCUUGAUUCACAAUCCGCAUUCAACAUUGUUCGCUUCCUCCGCAAACUGUCCGCGGCUGGACAAGCGAUUCUCUGCACCAUUCAUCAACCCAACAGCGCCCUAUUCGAGAAUUUCGACCGGCUUCUCUUGCUACAAAAAGGUGGAGAGACCGUCUACUUCGGGGACAUUGGCAAAGACGCCCAUGUCCUUUUGGGGUACUUCCACAAAUACGGCGCUGAUUGUCCUCCCGAUGCUAACCCGGCAGAAUGGAUGCUCGAUGCCAUCGGGGCAGGCAUUGCACCUCGCAUUGGUGACAGGGACUGGGGCGACAUAUGGCGCGAAAGCGACGAGCUCGCGACCGUCAAGACCGAAAUCAUAGGCAUGAAAGGCCAACGUCAACGCCAGGUUGCUGGCGAACCGAAGCUGGAUGAAAGAGAAUACGCCUCUCCACUGUGGCAUCAAAUCAAAGUCGUGUCCAAGCGAACGCACUUGGCGUUCUGGCGUUCACCCAACUAUGGUUUUACAAGGCUAUUCAACCAUGUGGCCAUCGCGUUGCUUUCGGGAUUGGCAUUCCUGCAGCUCGACGACAGUCGUUCAAGCUUACAGUACCGAGUUUUCGUCAUCUUUCAGAUCACCGUCAUCCCUGCCCUGAUUUUGGCGCAGGUGGAACCCAUGUACGACCUUUCCCGGCUGAUAUUCUACCGGGAGUCCGCGGCGAAAGCAUACAGCCAAUUCCCGUUUGCGUUUGCCAUGGUCUGCGCCGAGAUGCCAUACAGCCUUCUGUGCACGGUUGGGUUUUUCGUCCCGAUAUACUACUUGCCCGGGUUCAACAAUGCCAGUUCGAGGGCGGGAUAUCAGUUCUUCAUGGUGCUAAUUACCGAGUUGUUCUCGGUGACAAUGGGCCAGAUGAUUGCCGCACUAACGCCGUCGAGUUUCAUCUCCAGUCUGAUCAACCCGUUUAUUGUCAUCACCUUCGCAUUGUUCUGCGGUGUUACCAUUCCAAAGCCACAGAUCCCCGGGUUUUGGCGGGCGUGGCUGUACCAGCUUGACCCGUUCACUCGCUUGGUAUCAGGGAUGGUCACCACGGAAUUGCACGGCUUACCCGUGGUUUGUACCUCGUCGGAACUCAACCCGUUCCCUUCACCACCGGGGGAGGAUUGUGGAGAGUACAUGCGCAACUUCUUCGAACGUGGCGGGCCAGGCUACAUUGUCAGCAACGUCAGCGAUGUGUGUCAGUACUGCGCUUACAAAGUUGGUGACCAAUUUUACCAGCCCUUGCAGCUGAGUUUCGGCCAUCGCUGGCGAGAUCUAGGGAUUUUUGCAGCUUUCAUUGCGAGCAACUUGAUCUUGCUGUUCUUAGGGUCGAGGUAUUUGAAUUUCAAUAGACGAUAG